UCAAAAAUGUCACGGAUUUUGGUCGUGUUUCUGGUGCUCGGAGUGGGCUGCUCCCUGGCAGAUCCUAUUAAGCGCAACGAAGAAGUUGAUCUACCGAAGCUCGAUGGACGCAUUGUCGGUGGACAGGACACGAACAUCACCCACUAUCCGCAUCAGAUCUCGAUGAGGUACAGGGGAAAUCACCGAUGCGGAGGCACCAUUUACAGAACAAACCAGAUUAUCAGUGCUGCCCAUUGUGUAAACACCUUGACCGGUCCGGAAAACCUAACCAUUGUGGCUGGUUCCUCGAACAUCUGGUUCCCCACCGGUCCGCAGCAGGAGUUGGCCGUCCGUGAGUUCAUCAUUCAUCCCAACUACCGUGCUCUGAACAACGACUACGAUGCGGCAAUUCUGAUCCUGGAUGGCGAUUUCGAGUUCAACGACGCAGUGCAGCCGAUUGAGUUGGCCCAGGAGCGUCCCGAACACGACACACCCGUAACCGUGACGGGCUGGGGAACCACCAGCGAAGGUGGAACCAUCUCCGACGUCCUGCAAGAGGUCAGCGUUAAUGUGGUGGACAACUCGUACUGCAAGAGCGCCUAUUCCAUUAUGCUGACCAGCCGUAUGCUUUGCGCCGGAGUCACCGAAGGUGGAAAGGAUGCCUGCCAGGGAGACUCCGGAGGUCCGCUGGUCUACAACAACACACUUCUGGGCAUUGUCUCCUGGGGAACGGGCUGUGCUCGUGAGAAUUACCCCGGAGUCUAUUGCUCCGUUCCCCAGGUUCGCGAUUGGCUGUUGGAGAUUAUUGCGGCUAACGAGAAUGUGGGCAAAAUCGAGUUUCUGUAAUCUUAAGUCAAAUUACCAUUGAAACAUCUUGUAACUAGCCUCGUCUAACUCGAAACUUUUCAUAUCUCCGAGUUACAUAAGAAAUGACCCAUACAGGCGAUAACGUA